CGUGGCGAUCACAUUCCUUUAUAAGAAAGAUUGGGACAGUGAUGCGUCCACUUACAUUUAUCUUUUGAUUUUACAUCAUCUUAUCAAGGCCCGACAUGGCAGCUUUGUUUCUCUUCAUCGUCCUCAUCGCGGCAGUACAAGGUCACAAAAACUACACAGUAACAGAGGAGGCCUGGUUUGACGUUGAAAUCAAAGACUUCGAUGGCAUCGGCGAGGACUACAGGGGAAGGUUCGUCGUAGCAUUGUUUGGAGACAAGUGCCCGAUGACAACAAUGAACUUCCAAUCAUUAGCUAAAGGAUACAAAAGGGGCUCAAAAACAUUAACAUACAAGCGAUCGCUGAUCCACAGAAUCGUUCCCGACUUCAUAAUUCAGAUGGGAGACAUCACAGUCGGCGACGGAACUGGAGGCGAGAGUAUCUAUGGACCAACCUUCGUUGACGAGAACUUUGAGCUCAGUCACAAAGCUGCUGGGUAUGUUUCUAUGGCUAACCAUGGUCAAGACACCAACGGAUCCCAGUUCUUCAUUUUACUGAACAAAGCUAGAUGGCUGGAUGGCAAGCACGUCGUAUUUGGAAAAGUUAUCAAAGGAAUGGACGUCAUCCGAACCAUUGGAGAAACCCCCACAGACAGUAGAACAGCGGUCCCCAAGAAAACGGUCAAAAUCAUCGACUGUGGAAUCGUGGGAAUCGAAAAGAAAUACGAACUGACGGAGGCACAGGCUGAAUCUAACGAUGACUUGUAAAUCAUAAGUUUACAACAUUACGCACAUUCAAAGUCAUACCAUCAAAAAUAAACAUUGCCAUCAUCAUGUGAUCUCAUGGACUAAAAGUUUUACAUGAUAUACCCUCAGUUUCUGUCAGUAUUUGAGUUUGUAUUUUUUGUUGUAAUGAGUUGUACGUGUAUUUCUUCAUUUUACAUUGUUUGCAUACAAGUUUCUCCCUAGUUGUGUAGAUAGGUUAAUAUUUAAUCCUAUUGGUGAGAAUCAGCGCUGCCUAUGAGGCCUUAACAGAGAUGAUGUAUGUAACGGAGGGUCCACCUGCGGUACGGUACUUACUUUACCAAAGCUGGGCUGUAAAAAUCUGUAAUAAAUAUAUACAUAUGACGGUCGAUAGAUCUGUAAUAAAAGUGUCUGAACGAA